CUGAACGAUCUAUUUCGUUGUUCAGUGAACGAACUAUCUUAUUGCAUUUUAUUUAAAUCAGUUUAGUUAACUUGCCCUUGUAACGGUCACAAUGAAACCCGGAGGUGGGACGAAAGUUUCUGCCGCCAAAACCGCUGCAUCUGAGGAUAAGGUCAGAAAGUGUUUGCACGUUUUGCAGCCAGCAGCCACUGGCAAAGAAAACUUAGUUGGUGGUGGGAGGAUGCUUAGAUCUUCUUUAGCAGGAAAGGAUGCAGUUAAAACAGAAGUGACUGAGAAAACGAAGAAUGACGAGAAGCCAAAGCGUAAAAAGAUAACAUUCAAAGACAAAGCUGUUCAAACUGCAAGAGGAGGGAAGAUUAAGAUUGAAGUAGAAGAUUUGACAUCUGAAGCUGGGCCUAGCGAAAAUUACUGGGAAGUGUUGGCUGAAAGACGACGGAUAGCUCUUGAAGAUGCCCUAGAGGAUAACAAGGAAUUGACGGAACGCGUGCAUGCCUUACAGGAAGAAAAUCGUAUAUACAAAGAAAUGUUGGAUGAAUCAAGAGCACUAGUAGAAGUUUUACAAGAAAUGCUUGGGGAAGAUAGAAAUGAUAUAAAUAAUUCCUUAGAAGACACCUUUUAAUAGAAUGUAUCACGGUCGAUUUUCACUAACUGGUGCCUUAAAACGAAGUACCGACUGGAGACAAUAUAUAUAUUUUACUGAUCACCCAGCAGUACGAUAAAAAAGUCUGAGUAAAGUUACAAUCAUUUAAAAGAAAUAAGAAUAUUACUAUUUAGUUUUAAUUCAAUUUAAUCACGCGCGACUACGUGUACGAUUGUUCAUCUGAUUAAAUGAUCAUUUAAAGGUAUGAAUGAGACAGGAUAUAUUUCUCAGAGUGUAUUUUAUACUUAAUGUAAUAUAAAUAUGUAUAUCUUUGAAUACAACUAAUAAAUCGGUUUCGUAAUAAA